GAUUUUUUCUUUUCCCUUUCCGUCUCCAAACGACAAGUCAUGGCCGUUCAUCUUCCUUCUAGUGAACCCCUUAAAGCCGUCCAGCUUGAUGGAUUGGUGGUCCUUAAAAUCAUUAAACAUUGCCGUGAAUCGUAUCCCAGCGAUGUGACAGGCCAAUUGCUUGGUCUGGACGAGCAAGGUGUUCUUGAAGUGACCAAUUGCUUCCCUUUCCCUUCGGAAGAUGACGAUGACGCUAACGCACAAUACCAGUUGGACAUGAUGCGUUGCCUUCGUGCGGUCAAUGUCGACAAUAACACUGUGGGCUGGUACCGGUCGACCCACUUGGGUAACUUUGUUGAUCUCAGCUUGAUCGAUACUCAGUACAAUUACCAACGCACAUUGAGCGCUCAAUCGGUGGUGAUCAUUCACGACGUCUCUAAGAGUGCCGCUCAGGGUAACCUGAACUUGAGAGCUUUCCGCUUGCAAGAAGCUUUCAUGAAGGUGUACGAAACCAAGAAGUUUACAACCGAAAGUCUCGCUCAGGCCAAGUUGUCGUUCUCCAACAUUUUCGAGGAAUUACCUGUCCAGGUGCACAACUCUCACUUGGUGACCUUGAUGCUUCACAAUAUCGAAAUGCCCCGAUUGGAGGCUGAUCGUCUUCGCUCACUCUCCACCUUUGCUUCGAUGCAAAAGACACAGUUCGAAUUGGAAGACGCAAAACCACUUUCGCCCAACUUUGACGUGUUGGAUUUGGAAUUAGAUCCUUUCAUGCAAAAGAAUCUGGAAUACCUUUUGGAGUGUUCUGACGUUCAGCAACAGGAACAGAAUAACUAUCAAUAUUGGCAACGAAGCGUGGCCCGUGAACAAGCCAAGAUGCAAGCAUGGCUCACCAAGAGACGACAAGAGAACGCGCAACGUGCCACUCAAGGAAAGCCUCCGUUGCCUCUUAACGAAGUCAAUACUUUGUUCAAGCUCCCUGCUGAACCUAGCCGUUUGGACUCCAUGAUCCUCAGUGCACAGAUGCACAACUUCACGAAACAACUCAACCAAUUCGCAGGACCGAGUCUUGCAAGAUUGUAUAGUAUUCAAGAGCUCCAGAAGUAAAUAACCAUAUCUCUUUGUCUCCUCGCAUCAGUCCAAAGAAAAAACACAUCGAAAAAAAAGAAAGAAGAUGGAAAAUCAAUUCUUCUAUCAUUUACGUACAUUAC